AAUGCAUAGAAAAAAGGGAUUUGAAUUUUAAAAAAAAAAGAUUUUAUCUGAAUGUGAAAUAAGAGACAUCCUUAAAACUGUUGAAUGGGAGACAGAGGAAAAAGCCAAAAGAAAAAAACCAUAAUCUUACUCAUAAUUAUAAUAAUUUUGUGGUAAAGGCAAUAAUUAUAUAGAAUCUAGAGUAAGAUGAAAACCAAGAUGAUUAAGAGUGUUAAGUUGAAUUCAAACUUAAUUCAACUAGCUCUGUAGAUAAUCAAUAAAUGCCUUCUUUGGUAUCAAUAUACACUUCUGAAAGUAAUAUAAGUUUUGAGGAAGAAUUCGAAAUUUGGGAAGGCACCGAAGAUAUUAGAGUAAUAAAAAUAGUUUUGGAAGAUGAAAAACCAUCAAUAGGUUAAUUUUUAUAAUUGUACAAAGCAAGAUUUGGGUUUAAUAUAUGGAUAUUUUUAGAGGAUUUCCUGGACAGUAAUAAUGUAUAUAAAAUGAAGAAGUAAUUAAGACUGCUGUGAGUUAUGCAUCUAGUAGCAAAUAAUUAUUAAAAAAGUAUUUUCCAUCCAAAAAGAUCGUUUUUGAAGAUGAUAAUGAUUAUUCAGAACCAUAUAAAAUAGAAGAUGAUCAACAUUUUUAAACAUUCAAUCACUUUUUUAAUUCAAGAAAUCAAAAAAAUAUUUAUUGA